AUGAAAUCGUUAUAUUUACUUUUGUUGGGGCUUUUAGUUCUUUCGGCUCAAACUGGCUUCACAAUAGCAGCUGACGUCACAGAAUCAUCUGAUACUGAUGCCGACGAAACAACUCAAGCUGUUGCAGACGCAACUGCCAAAGCAGAGGCCGCUGAAGACUCAACUGCUGCAGAAACUGCUGAAGAAACAACAGCUACAAAAUCUGCUGAAUCUUCAACCACGACACGCGCGGCAGAGUCAACAACACUAACUACUGAUUCAGAAUCUUCAAGUACAGAAUCUUCAAGCUCAGCCUCUUCUGGAAGCAACAGUGCUGCAGCCAAAAAAAGACGUGCCGCAAAACGUGCAGCAAAGCGUAGAAGAAAACAACAAGCUGCUAAAAAAAGACGUCAAAAUAAGAAAAAGCAACAACGCAAAAAAAGAAGGCAGCAAAAGAGAAAAAGCCGCAUUAAUAAAAAUUAA